AGCUGAAUGGGCAUGCUGUGCGACUACACCAACGUAUUAUUUUCCAUCUAAGGUAGCAGGCUACCCAGAGUUCUACGGUCUUCUUACCCAGGCUACACAAGCGACUGGGCUCUGUGAGGCUGAAACACUUGGUGCAACCAGUGGGCGCCUCAGAGUGCCGAGAUUACUGGAUUACAGGACCCAAAAGGAGCUUGUGUAAGGGAAAAGCAGGCUGUCUGCACCCAGAGGAGAAGGUCCAUGGACUGGUCCCCGGGACUGGAGAAAAGCACUGCAGAGUAGGAGCACUGCGCACAGCCUGGGCUAAAAUAGGCCACCUUUCAAAACCAACAGGCAAAAAGACUAGAGACCCUGCAAUGGAAUGAUGGAUUGUACAUACCAAAAUGUUGCCAUCAGUGGAGAUGAUUCCGCUUUCCCCUGAGAAUGUGUUCUGCACCAGCAGCUGCACCGAUGACCAGGUCACCAUGGAAACAUUUUCAAAAGUAUAUGGAACCAUGGCCGCUUUGGAUGUGGAGAGCAGCUGGAUCGAGGCUCUGGCCAAUCACAAUGUGACAGCAAUCGUUAACUGGAUUCGAGCAGACUUUGCUAAAAGUAGUGCAGGUGUGGAUGGCAGUCUGGCAAAUUUUGGUGCCUGGAUUCAGGAAAUGGCUGAUGUCAACAAGAAAGAGUUAAUGACACUCUGCUUUGGCUGCUGCAGGGGCCUGUGGAUGUACCUGGACCAGCAGUCUUUCACCAGGAUCCACCUAGUUCUAAAGAGGCUGAGGAACCUGCUGUCAUUGGCCAGGUGGGGGAGGAGCCAAGUCAGCUCCACCCACUGCUGGCCAGUGAUGGAGGGGGAGCACUGGGACUGGGAGCGCCCGGCCCUGGAGCAGCACAUUUGGCUGGGCUGCCUGGUGCAAUGGUGGGGCACUACAGGACUUCUACCCAAGACUCCUGAUUGUCAUGGAACAAAACGCAUCUCUCAGAUGUGGCGGGAGAUGGAUCAGAACCACAGGAGGGCUUGGCAGGAGUCACCAGGAGAGGAGAAAGAGGGAAGUUCACUGAUCCAGGGUAUGGUGUCUACAGUAAACAAACAGCACGGGCCCGUAUGGACAUCUGGUGCCACCCCGUCACAAUGUUACCCUCCACCCAGUCUCCAGGCUCUUCUGAAGCUUGUGCUGGUGCCACGGAUAGACACUGCAUCUGUACAGGCCAUUCUUAUGUACUUUGUUUUGGAUGUUACCAACUUCCUCCAGUGCAGGGACGACCUUCUGAAGUCAUUCUCCCAUGCCUUUUCCAUCCCACCGGCUUUCAGUCAACAGAUCAAAGGGGUGUGGCUGCUCGACCGCGGCUUGAUAUCUCAGUCCAUGGACUUGCUGCUCAGCCCCAGAUCCAGACAUCCCUGGCUCUCCUCGCAACACCGCCCCAUUGUUGAGGCUUUGCUAAGGAGAGGAGAGGCCCAGAGCGCUCUCAGGUACCUCUGCUGGAAUAAACCUGCCACUGGAGAGAUGCGGGACUUUAAGCUUCACGUUGACGUCUUCCUGCAAAACAGGUGUGUCAGUGAGGCCUGCUCCUUCCUGAAGCGUAGCAAGGUGUGGAAUGAUGACAUCAUCGGACGCUUCCUUUGUGGGUGUGGGAAACUGGACUUGUGUUUGCACUCUACUGCCAACAUGGCAACAAUGGACAAGGGGCUGUCUGACUUGCGCCAAACAGGAAGUCAAAGUGCACUGUCUGGUCAAGGUGGAGAAGCCUUGCAGCAAGCAGAGAAGUUUAUUUUGAAAGAGCCUGGACAAGAAAUCACAGGGCCUCCACGGACACUCUCCGCCAGGCUAUACAGCUCCCAGGGCUCUCUCUCCUCUGCGGAUGUGGUCACUCUACUGAGACAGUCUGUGCUGGAACUGGAGAAACUCCACCUACCCGCGAGGAACAGCUGGGACGUCGUUUGGCCGAAGCACGUGGGGAAGACGCCGGAUCGCCCCGCCCUGUCAUCGUGCCAUGUUCAUUCUAGCCCUCCAUCUGUGGCCUCCAGCUGUGAGCGCAGUCUACGGUCCAGUGAUGAGGAAAAUAAGCCACCGCCAUUUAUGGAUUCACCAGCGGAGUGCAACUCCCACUCCCCGUCUGUGGACAAUUCUGAGUCUGUGCCCACCUUCACCACGGUGUUCACCACAGUGGUUCUCCCCAGCGUGGAUGACUUGUCUGAGGACAAAGGAUUUUGGGCCCCACAGAUCGGCCCACAUGCACUAUCUUGUGACAGGGGAUUCCAAGGUGCACACCAGGAGACCUCAAGGUACUGCAGUGAACCUUGCUUUGAGGUCCUUGACUGCCCUGACAGAAUCCUGACACUGGAGGACACCGCCUACCCUGUCACCUUCAACAGCCUGAGCAAAGAAACUGCAGAGGACCUGAUUUGUGCUGUUAUCUGUGAGGGGGGUAUUGAUGAGAGCAAGACAGGUGUGAUGACUGGGGACAAUUUUGUGACAGCAGAGGGUGCUACAGGAUUUCCUCUAGACAUUACCUGUACAACAGAUGCAAGAGGAAACAGGGGCAGACUCAAUCUCCAUCCUCAAUCCUACAGCAAUGAAGACAAUCAAUCAACACUAUCAGCCCCUGACAGUCUAAAGAAGAGUGACAACUUCCUCUCUUCUGAGUAUGAAAAGUUGGGCUACACCAACCUUGUGCCAGAGGAGAUGUACCCAGACCUGAAGUCUGAAGGUCUGAGGAGUGGUGUGUGCUCUCACCAAAAAUCCAAGAAGUUAUUCUCCCAGGAUCCCUUACCCACAAGCAGCUUUGGUUCCCACUCCUUCUUGGACCUGGAGCCUCUACAGAGGGCCUCUGUAACACUGGAGGAGAGGGCGGAGAUCUUCUACAGGGGCUCCCAGGAAGCCGUGGAACAGCCAGAGAUCCUGACCGCCUGUGCCCUCAGGCCUAACUUCUCCAUCGACCUCCUCAAGCAUGGGGACGAUGGUGCCACCACCAACAAGGCCUCACCAGAGACUGGUCUGUCCAAGAGCAGGGCCUCUCUCCUGGAGGUGGAGAAGAACCUCGUAGAAAGAGUGAAAUCCAAAAAGCCCUUUUCCCUCCAGGACCCUAUCCAUAAGCUGGAGCAAAGAGAGCUGCAGGUCUCCAGAGCCCUAUCAUCUACCAGGAGUGGCCCCGCCCACAUGCCUCAGCCCUGCCACUGCGGGCAGUCCCUGGAAAAGGUCCCUGGUGGCCGGGCAUCUCCCAAGAAGGAGGCGGCAUGCUUCCAGAGCUCCUCGGAUCGCCUGGGUCACUAUAAGCUGGGGGGAGGGUGGAAGCAAGGUCUGGAGACCCCCAAGACCUCCACAGACCUUCUGCCUGUCAUCAACCAGAUCCCCAGCAUCACACUUGAUACAAAGGGCUCUCACGUCAGCGGGCGAUCAAAGUCACACAGCGCCAUCACUUUCCAGGGGUGUCCGACCAAGCAGAAAGGGGACAAGCACGAAACCAAAGAGGUGGGAAAGGACGAACCUGUUGGGAGGGGCUCCUUUGAAUUCCUCCGUCAUGCAGAGGGGUAUUUGGGCAGUCAGCGUGGGGCUUUCGUCAGGAGGGGCAAAAGAGUAAAAAAGGUUUGAGGUUUUAUAAUGGAUUUCCUUCAUCUCCACACUCUCCACGCUGGUAUCAAUGAGAAACCGGUGACCACUUCUGAGAGGUAGAGUUCCUCUGUUCACAAACCAGACUUCUCUUUUUCUUAUGUUCUCAAAAAACAAACAAACAAAAAAAAGAAACGGACUGCGGAUUGACAGCAGAUCUGACUGUUGUGUUUGUGUCAGCUGUUCGUGACUGGGGUUGUUGAUGCCAGAGCUCAAGAUAAAAGGCGUGAGCAGCUGUGUGUGCCAGCAGUGUCAAAACCACUUGAAACACGCUGAGUUGUCACUGCAGAACUCAAUCUCAACCUUGGGAAUUGUGAGCUUGGAAACCAUUGUCAGUGGGUAUAGAUGCAGCAUAUGUUGUAAAUUUUCAGAUAAGCAAAUAUUUUCUAAUUUUGUUGAGGAAAUAAACAAUUCCUGACAUGAAA